AUAAACUCUGAUGGUGAAGAAGUGGACUUCUACGAUCCCAGAGUGAAUGUUAUCUCUGGCAUCAUACCUGCAGAAGCUCCCUCAAUGAAAUUUAAUAUCAGUGAGCAUGAAAGACCACAGUCUGUGCACACCUGCUUGGUGUGUGGUAAAGACUUCCCUUAUGCCUCGAAACUUCAGCGGCACCUACGUACUCAUUCAGGAGAGAGGCCUUUCCCCUGUUCCAUGUGUGAAAAGAGAUUUCCAGAAAAGGGGCUUCUCAUAAUUCAUCAGAGAGUUCACACCGGGGAAAAGCCAUUCCCAUGCACUUUCUGUGAGAAAAGAUUUGCCAGUCAGGGGGAGCUCCGGCUGCACCGGCGGACACACACUGGGGAGAGGCCCUAUCGCUGCACCAUCUGUCUGAAGAGCUUUUCCCGCCACUGGCACCUGAAAACGCACUUGGAGGCAAUGCACUCUAAGGUUGUAGCAGGUUUCACCAGGAAGAAGUUUCCUUGUUCGAAUUGCAGCAAGAGCUGUAACUCAGCUGCCGAGCUGAGGGAUCAUCAGAGGACUCACACUGGGGAGAGGCCCUUCCAGUGCUCCUUCUGUGACAAAUGCUUUGCGUUGUCGGGGACACUUGUUAGACACGAGCGUCUCCACACAGGUAUUACACCGUACCACUGCUCUGACUGUGGCAAGACGUUUGCACAGCAGUGGACGCUGACCACGCACAUGCGAACUCACACAGGAGAAAAACCCUACAGCUGCACGCAGUGUAAAAAAUCUUUCGUCGCUCCGGGGGAACUUCGGAGGCACUCCAGGAUACACACUGGAGAAAAGCCGUAUACCUGCGCAGACUGCGGAAAGCACUUCUCGUUAGCAGGAACGCUCAGGAAUCACAAGCGGUCAUGCAUGCAGAGCAAGGAUGAGUCUGUUCCUGGUGUUGAAUCAACUGGAGUUCAGUCUUCAGCGGAAGAAUCAUCCCAGCAAGACGAGGCCAGCAACGUCAGCUGUGAGGUAUCCGACAGCCAAACCCUUCCUAGUGCCGCUGGGCCCCUGUCCUCACAGGGUCUAAACUGUGUCAAAGAAGCUCAGCCCAAAGUUGUUAAGAGAGAACCAGUCGAUCAUUUGGAGGACAGCUGUUCCUCUUCCCACAUGAAUGUAAUAGUGAAAGAGGAGGAGGAGGAGGAAUUUUUGUCUGAAGAAACUUCUGACAAAAGUUUUGCUGGCGACGACAGCACCACGCAAGAGGAAGCUGAAGACCAGCUGCAGGAAUGUAACACAGAUAUUGAGAUUAAAGUGAAGGAGGAAGAAGAGGAAACUGCAAACCUGUCGGGAGACGAGCCUGAUGCAGUCACAGACUAUGGAAAAGAUAAUCUUCAAGAAUCACCAGUCCAAAAACAGUGCAACAACAAUCCGACAAAGAGCUCUUACUGCUGCGGGCUGUGUGGAAGAGACUGCCACAAGAUGUCAGCACUUCAAAUCCACAUGCGAAUCCACUCUGGUGAGAAACCAUACCAGUGUACAAUGUGUGGGAAACAGUUCACACAGAAAGGUCAACUAAAAGGGCACUAUAAAGUCCACACAGGUGAAAAGCCGUUCUCCUGCCCUGACUGUGGUAAGAGCUUUGCCCACUCGGGCGCCAUGAACAGACACAGACUCACGCACACGGGGGAGAAACCUUAUAACUGUUCAGUGUGUAACAGGAGCUUCAACCAGUCCGGCCGCCUGAGGGAACAUGAGAAAAUUCAUUUUGGGGAGAAGUUUGACUGUCCAGAGUGCGACAAGAGUUUCACUCGCUCGUCGAGUCUCAAGAAUCACAUUAGGCUUCACACAGGUGAGAGGCCGUACGGCUGCGACAUCUGCGGGAGAGGCUUCAGCCGCUCGCAGAGCCUGAGGCUUCACAGACGAAAGCAUGGGCAACUUAACACUGACCCAGAGUCUUCAGUCUCUAUGGAGAAUGAAGACUUCUCCCAGAGUGACAACAACUCUCCAAUUAAUAUGUGCAUUACAGACAAACAUGACAAUGACACAUUUACAUAACUAGAUAAGUAUCUGUUACUCAAUACAAGUUAAAAGUAAGGACGUACAUCGAUGAAUAGAUUAACAAACAUACGUGGUGCUUCACAUGAAAGGUAUUAAACUUUUUGUAUUGUUCAGAGUAGUUAAUAAAUAGAAACAUGACAAGUAAUUUCCAGCAGCUAGCCUUGCAUUUAAACUAUAUGAUCACAUAAAUAUUCAGAGCAAACGCAAGUAUUAGAAAAUCUGUAACAGCCAGAGACGAUGAGGUCUUACUCUGAUUAAUCAUUCUCAUGUUAGAUAUGUUGAACUGUUGCAUUUAUGUUGAAAGUAAUACAAUUUAAGGUAUGUGAUUUUACUUUGUUGAUGCAGUAUUUGUCAUUGAAUUGUAUAUAUG